AGUCUUCAGAUUAGACUACCAGGGUGGAGGGCACACAUUGAAGCUCACUGGAAUUAUUUGGAGCUUUCAAAUGGCUUUCUUUUGAAAAACAUACCAUUAUAGUGUUUUGAUUUUGGAGCCAGUAUUUUGGACUUUUACUCCUAAACUGGAACCACUUUUCUCCUGUGAAUGUUAAAGCAAGUUGGGGACCCUCAGAAGCGAGGAGGUGAGGUCCUAACAAUGUGGAUCCCAACACCCAGCAUGACUCUCCCACAGCGGAUGGUGCUGUAUGGGACAUGCGUAGUGGCACUGGUUAACUCUUUGGGCCUCCUUGUGCUCAUGGUACAGCAGAAUCAGCAGCGUGCAUGGCUGGAGCAGACAGAAGCGAGGCUGACAGAGGUGGAGCAGAGCUCGGUGGUGGAGUUUCUCCAGGAGUUGCCAAGAGGAGCAGCGGGGCUACGAGCUGGCCCAGGGGACCAGUCACAAUACCAGCACUACUCCAGGAACAAGAGGAGUGAGGAUCUGGAGAAGGAUCUGCAGCAUGAGCAUCACCAUAAGAAAGGAAAAGAGCUUCAACUGAAGGAGGCCAGCCAGGAGGUUGGAGAAGAGAAAGAUGAGCUGAAGCAUGAUCUGAAGCAUAAGCAUCAACACAGUCAGCAUUACAAAACACAGGAUGAAAUGAUGAUGAUGAUGACUUACUCCAUGGUACCGAUCAAAUUGUUGAUUGACAUUUGCAACAGCACCAAGGGAGUCUGCCUAGCUGGACCGCCAGGACCACCAGGUUUGCCCGGUGCAGACGGCGUGCCGGGGCACAAUGGGACUGAUGGCAUUCCAGGGCUGAAUGGACUGCCUGGAGCUGAUGGAAAAAGAGGGAAAAGGGGCCCCCCGGGUGAGAAAGGAGAACCAGGGGAAAAAGGAGAGCAAGGAGAGCAAGGAGAACCUGGUCCACCUGGAGAGGCAUAUGAGCCAUCCAAUGACGUCAUUAUUGAGGGGCCACCUGGUCCUCCUGGUCCUCCAGGACCCCCUGGCCCCAUAGGACCUCCUGGGCCUCUCAGGAUGAGGCACAAUAAAGCUCAUCUACAAACCGCUCAUACUCUGGGGUUGUUGCAUGCAGUCCCAAACGAUGAAACUCUGACUGUAAAAGAGGCGGUGAAACUGCAUAAGGAGCUGGCAAAGAAUGAGUGCCUCAUUAAGUCUCUGAUAAAUCCCAGAAAUGUGGCGAAGAUGGAGAGCACAUUCGGCACUUGGAUGAAAGACACCGGCCACCUGAAUGAUGAGAGAAUAUGGGUGGCAGAACACUUCUCAGGGCGUAUGGUGAAGGAGUACCAAAGCAUCGCCGCUUUCCACAAUAACAGCAGUGAGAUGGUGGAUGUUAAAAAGCUUUAUCAAGGCUGCGGCCACACGGUGCACAAAGGCUCUUUCUAUUACCAUAUCGCUGGUACUUCCACUAUCGCCAGAUUUGAUUUCAGAACCAGGAGGCUUGACACUCUCUACAUAGACAACGCCUUGUACAACAACCUUUCAUAUCUGCUGACAAACUCCAAGACCUACUUCAAACUGGCAGCAGACGAAAACGGCUUGUGGUUGAUAUUUGCCUCCAGAGCAGAUGAGAGCAUCAUGGUAGCCCAGCUGGACCAGAAGACCUUCUCCGUCACGUCCUACAUAAACACCACGUACCCCCGCACCAAGGCCGGCAACGCUUUCAUCGCCUGUGGUGUCUUGUACGUCACCGACACCAAGGACGCUAGAGUCACCUUUGCUUUUGACUUGCUGAAGGGAAAGGCAGUCAAUGUGACAUUUGACUUGAGGUCUCCUGGAGGAGUUAUGGCUAUGCUCUCCUACAGCCCGAAGGACAGGCACCUGUACGUGUGGGACCACAGCUACGUCAGGCUCUACGUGGUCCAUUACAUCUCUGAUGAGUGAUAAUCAUGCAGACACAACUAUUACAUCAUGCUCCUGAAGCAAAUCCCGUGUUGACAAGCUACACACUAUAUAUAAAAAAAAAAAAAAGAAGUUUACAGCAUAUGUACAUUAGUCUUUAUCAUCUUAUGGAACAUUCAGUCCAGGUAGUCUGGACAGAUUUUAAAUGUUUCUCUACAGGAGGUUUCUGGCUUUAUUACAGUCUUGUAUGAAUUGAAAGUGGGAUUUUAAUGUUACUAACAGAGUGAAUUCUUAUACUGUAAUUCUGUAUGUUCUCAUUGCACACAUUUUAACCACUCAGUGAUAUACAUCUUAAAUGUUGCAACUUUUAACUGAUUUUGUCCAAGAAAGGAAGUGAAGGCAUUGAAAUCAUUUUAAACACCAAGAGUGACACUUGUUCCUAGUUAGAAGUAAAAAAAAAAAAACCUGUAAUAAAUGACUAUUGUUACAAACUGAACCCUUAAUUUAACUUAUGUAUCUAUUGUUGUUUAGUGAAUGCAUGGCCAUCACUUUAUUAGUAGGAAGUUGUAAAAUCCCCAAAAUAUUCAUGCUCCUUGCAGAUUUAGGUUUAAAGUAACCUUUAAUUUCACCAACAUGUUUCUUCUGACUGGAAGUAAUGCCAAUGUUCUGGAGUGGCCCAGCCAGAGUCCUGACUUGCUAAGAGUCUGUGGAGAUUAGGAUGAUGGCAUGAAGGCAUGCCUUUUAAAAAAAAUUUUAAUGAACACAGUUCAUCUUUGGAGAUGCCGUCUCAUUUCCUUUCAGAAACGAAGAAAUUGGUUAAAAAAAUUAUUUUAAAUCAAAUUCUCCCAGGGGUAUGAAUACAUUUGGCCUCAUUUGCACGUUUCCAUGUUUCUACACUUGACCUACGUCUGUGGUGAAGCAGCAUAAGUGAUGAUCGCUUAUACCGCUUGACAGGAAAAAAAAAAAAAAAACAAACCCGAUGAAAUAAAAAUCAUUUAUUCACUUUACAAAGGUAAAUCCUUGACCCAUCUCUCACAUACACCCUCACGCUUAAGGGCCCUGGCAAACAUCUAACGAUGAUACUGGCUUCAUUUGCAUGCACACACACACAUACACGCGCACACACACAGCAAACACCAUCGGUAAAACUCCUAAAACACAUACAGCACAUGUAGUGAGCAGGAAAGAGGGAGGAACACUAAUUUCUUUAAUAAAUACCAAACAUACACUUAACAAAAGUUACAACUAAUCCAACUGGUAUGAUACAAACCAAAAAUAAAGAAAUGCCUUUAUGUUUGUACAAGC